UAGAAUUUGAUCAAAAGAAACUAGUUCAAACCAUAUGGUCAAAGUUCAAUCAAAUUAGGAGACUAAACCAAAUUAGAUCAAAACUCAAUAGAAUUUAGAUCACACCAUCUUAUUUUAGGAGAAGAGAACAUGUCAUAAGUUUGUAAAAUACGUGGGAGUAUUCUUAACUAGUUAGAUUCAAUUUGAAUGAUAAAAUACGAAGUAACUAUACUUUUUAACCCCCUCAAAGCUAGAACCAUCCUUGAAUCCCUACUCAAGUCCCGUUAUUGAACGUUAAUACCAACUUCCAAACUCAAUAAAACCGCGUGGCACUAGACAAGUCAUCCAAUUCAAAAGGUGUGUUAUCGUUAUUUUAUCUCUAUUAAAUUUAGCUUUUACAUAAUCCUAAGGGCUAUAUUACACUAUUAUAUCCUUAUAGAAAACCUAAAUUGAAAAUAAAGAAAAGCAUUCAAACUUCAAAGGCUCCUACUCUGUCCAGCCUUAAAGCCUGUGAUAUAAAAUACUGAAACCCAAAGAGAGAGAAAGAAAGAGAAGUGGGGUUAAAGGAAGAGGAUAAAAACAGAGGGCAAUACACUAAUAUUGGGUCCAUCAAAAAUAUUAAUUAACAUAGGAAAAAAAAACUAAGUCCUUUUUGUUUGGUUAUGCUGUGAUGAUACUAAUAAUAACAGGCCCUUAUUUUGCUCUCUUGUUUCAGUGCACCAAUUCUCUCUCUCUUUCUUUCACUCUCUCAUGGCAUGUUUAGAGAUGUACAACAACUCUCAUCCUCCUCAUUCUCAGCCUCCUCUUCCUCCAAUGAGCCCUAGAAUAUCUUUCUCUAAUGACUUUGUUGAAUCUCACAAUCACAAUCUCAAUCACCAUCAUUUUACAAGAUCAGAAUUAGCACCACCUGCUUCUUCUGAUUUUGAAUUCUCUGUUACUAAUUCUAAUACCCUCACUACUACUGCUGAUGAACUCUUCUCUAAAGGCAGGCUCUUGCCCUUCAAAGACAAUGGAAACGGUCAGAGGACCUUAAGAGAUGAGCUUCUUGUUAAUGAUGAUGAUGUUGGCUUCUCUCCUAAGCCUCCUAAGGGUUCUUCUUCUAAUAGAUGGAAGGGUUUCUUGGGUCUUAGAAAGUCCCACAUUGGGUCUAAAAAGCCUGAGAAAAUGGAUGUUUCUUUUGAUUCUGGAAAAAGGUUUUCUUUCUCCCUUGAAGAUCCAAAUCCUGCCAAAUCUCCUCAGGAAAUGGUGAGCAAUGAAGUUUCAAGUAGCAGUGAUAUGGAGAUGGGAAUUUAAUUACAGAGAUCAGUUUGGUGUACUGUUCAUAGAGGGAAGGUGCAACUUUGACUGUUUUUAUCUUUUUUUUUUUUUUUUUUUUUUUUUUUUUUUUUCUAUUUACCUUCAAUUUUUCAGAGGAGGUUAUUAUGGAAUCUAGAGGAUGCUAAUAUGUGGGUUAGUGGGUUGAUUAAUCACCUUUUUUGGGGGACUUUCUAGUGUUUUCUGUCCUAGAAACUUGUCCUUUUAGGUGUUUUCAUGUACAAAAGGGGAAAAAAAAUUGUAUGCAGGUUUUUCUCUCUCUCUCUUUCCUUUCUUCCUAUUGGUUCGGAACUUCGGAUGAUUAGAUCUGUUCUGCUUGUAGUUGGGUCUUGUAAUGUACCUUCAUUUCAAUCUAAUGUACUUGGGUAUGUAAUCAACAACUAGUUUACCUUUGAUUUUCAAACACUACCCCUUCCCCCCUUUGGUGUAAUAAACAGACCUUUUGCGGAUCGUCA